GCUGCCGCCGCCGGCCCGCGGGGGGUGGAGCCGCCGCCCGCUGCCAAAAUGGCCGACAGCGUCAUCGUCAUUAGCGACUCGGACUCGGAGAGCAGCCGCCCGCCGCCGCUCCCCGUGACAGGCUCUGACCCCUCCCAGGCACGUCCAGGUCCGGGGAAGCGCCGUGCCUCGCCUGCCAGCGGCGCGGGCACAGCCGCCUCCCCCACCUGCUCCUGCUGCCCCUCCGACGGCCGGUCCCUGGAGCUCCAGGAGAUCAUUGAUCUGACCUGUGAGGAUGUAAGCAGAGAACAGGUGCCCUGGAGCACUCUUACCAUCAUUGACCUGACAGAGGACACUUGCAGCCCUCCACACACCACUGGCGGGGCUGACCAGGACCACAAGCAGGUGCCUGCUGCCCUGGCAGCACACAUGUCCCACCCACAGCUGUGCUCCACCACCACGCAAGAAACAGAGGCAACAGCGGGGCCGAGCCCAGCAGCACCCUGGCACAGUUCUCCUGCAGAGCCCAGUGCCAUCACGGACACAGCAGAAAGCACAGAGAGAUGGAGCUGUCUCUCUAUCACCUCCAGCCACCACGGCUCCUCUUGCAGCCUGGAGAAGGACUGCAGCACUACCACUUUUAACAGUGACUUGGGCUCCCUGGCUAGCAUGCAGCUGGACUCAGACCUGCUGUCUCUGUCCCCCUCCAGCUUGGACAGCAGCAGCAGCUGGAAAGCCGGUGGCCCAGAGGAAGAGACUCCCCACCUGUGCCAGCAAAGGGAGCUCCCCUCGAGACUGAGCCCUGCCCCAGCCAUCCCCACAACCCCAGGGAAGGCGCAGGGGCCUUUUCUGGGAGCAGGUGACUUAUCACCACACAAAGCAAUCGAGCAAGUGAUGCCAGACAGGACCAAGGCUGACAGCAAGGCCUGGCUGAACAAACUGCAGUGUUUCAGGAGGAGUGGAGUCCAGCACCUCUUCCUCCAAGGCAUAGCAUCCGACAGGGAAACACAGCAGUGGAAACCUGAGCUCAUCCCCAGCGGGAAGCUGAGCAUGGUGCACACCACCAUGGAGGAGAACUUCCUGGAGGGCACCUUGCAUUUCCUGAGUGACUUCGUCUCCCGCCAACACUGUCCCCCCAAAGAAAUCGUCUCCCAUCUGAUCAGACAGAUCCUGUUGGACCCUCAAGAAGAGGAGAUCCUGAAGGACACCUACAUGCUGCUGAUGAAAAUCCAAAUGCUCCAUCCAGCCAACACCGCCACAGUGGGAUGGGACUGGACGCUGCUGAAAUACAUUAUGGAAGACCAGGAGAAGCCCCCUGGCUGGCUCCUUUUCCUGCAGUAUGUGGUGCAGACCCUGGAGGAUGACUUCCAGGAGAACCUGAGGUUGCGCCUGCUGCAGAAGUCGAUUGCCAAGAAAGUGCUUUCGUGUGACACGUGCUUCAACAAUAUCAAUUCCUGUUUCUGUCCCAGGGAGGUGGUCAAAUGGUUGGUCGCAGCAGUUACAGGAGCUGGGUUCUUCCAGGCACAAGAGCAGCCGCAAGAAACUACAUCCUCUUCAGCAGAAGCAAAGACUGAACACAGUUCAUCUGCACCAUGGCUGGCCAGCACUGACCAGGCAGAGGUGGCUCCACCAACUUUCUUCGCUCAGAAGGUGAUGCUCCUGCUCCAGCGGAUGUUGUCCAUUGCAGUGGAAGUGGACAAAUCUCCCAACUGCAGCUCCUGUAAGAUCGCAGAUGUGAUAUUCCCGUUUAUACUGCAUAUUCCCCUGCGGAGCCAAAGGGAAGCUUUCUUUAACACCAUGGAGAGCCAGCUCCUGCGCUGCAGACUACUAGAACUUGUGUUCCAGCAUAGUUGUGAUGUACCCACAACCUUGCCCUUGUCUCUGGCCAAGAUCCUGUAUUUUCUGAACCACUUCUCUGUGCUGCUGAAAUACGAGGAUGAUACAGCAACGUGGCAAAGAUGGGAUGAGAUGCUGCAGUACUUGAGUUUGCUGCUCCAGAGCUACCAAAAUGUGGUACUGGCAUUUCCUCUUGCAGAGCACUUGCGGAGCUCACUCAACGAACGGAUGGAUUUGGUCAUUCAGAAAGCCAAGCCCAAGCUCCAGGAUGGUGAUGACAUCAGCCAUCUGGACAUCCAACUGAAAAUAGAGGACUCCAUCAGCCGAAUGCAGCAGGUCCUGGGGCAGCCUUUUCCCCUGCAGAUCACAGAGAAAUUGUGCAUGCUUCGGGAGUUGUUCCUCAUUGUCACUGCUACCUGAUUGAGACCACCACUGCAGCAGGAGACGCAAAGAAUUUUAUGUUUCCUCUAUAAAACCGGAUCAAAACUCCCAUCUCCUGCUGCAGUCUCAGGUGUCACGCAUCACGUGGGUUUGUUUAUACAUUUCUUUGGAAAAAUGUCUGGUUUACAUGGUCUCAGCACUUCCUCUCAAACUUGCCUCAUCCUAGUUUUAUUAGGUACUUUGUACAUUUUUAAAAAAAUAAAUUAUUUUUGUAUUUA